AAAUAUUUGGGGUGGGUGUGCUACGUAGUCUCCUUGUUCUCAGUAGGUUAUGUUUUGUUAUUUUUGUUAAAUAAACCUUAAUAUUGUUCUUCUUUACUAGCUGUUCUUACAAGUAUGACUUUGGACGGUGAAGAAACUAUAUCGGAUCAAGAAAAGGUGCGAAUCGUUUCUAAUUUUAUAUUACAUUCGCCACCGGGAGAAUUUAACGAAGUUUUUAAUGAUGCAAGGAUAUUAUUAAACAACGAUACUCUUCUGAAAGAAGGAGCUCUUGGAGUCUUCGGGCAGUACUGUAAAGACCAGCUUACGCCUGUGAAGAUUAAGAACAGUGAGUAUCCAGUUUUAAUUACAGAACAUAAUGAUCUAGGAUCCAACAGGUUUUAUGAUGCAAGGUCGAAACAGUCAUUUAAAUAUGAUCCAUUAAGGAGAGAGACAUCUAAUUAUGACUCAUGGGAAGCAGAACCUGGUACAGAAAAGUGGAGAUCAGCUUUAGAGAGUGAAUUAGAUGCAUAUAUAGCUAAACACUUUGAAAGUGGCUCUGGUAGUGUAUUUUCUAAAAGAGAGGAUGGCAAAGUAAACUUGGUUGCGUGCAUAGAAGCCCAUUUAUUCCAACCAAAAAAUUGCUGGAAUGGUUGUUGGCGAUCUCAGUGGUUUGUGACAAUAGAUUCAGAUAAUGCGGAUGUGAAAGGUGUUUUAAAAAUUCAAGUUCAUUAUUAUGAAGAUGGCAAUGUGCAGCUUGUCAGUUUAAAAGAUAUUAACCAAACACUGCCAGUUGUUGAUGAAGAACAGUUAAGUAAGGCUUUAAUUAAAAUAUUCGAAGACUCUGAAACAGAGUACCAACAAGCGAUAUCUGAAAACUACCAUACAAUGUCAGACACUACUUUUAAAGCUUUAAGAAGGCAGUUACCUGUUACUCGGUCAAAAAUAGAUUGGAAUAAGAUGGUGUCUUACAGCAUUGCCAAAGAACUCAAACCCCAGUGAUGCUGUAUUAUAAUUAUUUAAAUAAAUGUUUUCUUAUAUAUAUAUAUAAAUAAUUUAUUAUUGACAUUAUUAAUAUUUCCCUAUUGUUAUACUUCAUAGCUAUUAAUUGCUUACUAUUAAAUGAAGAAUUGUAACAAAGCUAGGAAAUGAAUUUUCAAGAAUGUAUUUUUUUUAAAUAGAUUUAUGAAUGUUAUAUAAAGUUAUUAUCUGUCUAGAAGUCAAUAGAGUCGCUGGUGAAGGUGUAAAGUAGUUAAUUAUAUAUUUAUAUUAUUUUAUUUUAUCACUUAAUCGCUACUGCCAGUUAAAUGGACAUUUAAAGCCUAUAUAUGUUAAAUUUAUUUAAUGAUAAUCUGAUAACGUUUUUGUUGUUUAAAUUUCAAUUAGAUAAUAAAAUUGUUUCAUAAUUUUUAUUUACGCAUAAAAUGCCAAUUUUCUGUUGAUAAUAACAAAUAAAUACUAUGUUAUUUGUUCAUAGGAUCUACUUUUAAUUCAUGAAACCCUUUUUCCUAACAUGUUUACUGAUUUACAUCACAUAAGUGAGUCAUGCUCAGGAAAGAUAAUUCUUGACACUCUGGUUUCAUCUGAAAAAAAACCAUUUGUCUAAAUAAGGUCAUAACCAACUACCUAUUUACUAACUACUAAUUAAAUGAUAUGAUUGUUAAUUUAAAUGCCU